UUAGGAAAGGAAAAGCCUGGCCAUAUCCAUGGUCUAGGCCUUGUUCCAAAUCCAAAACAAGUUUUUGAUGCCUCGACAUCAAGCCGUAUGAAGCAUCUAAAUGUAACCACUUUGGAUGAAACAUCCAGUGAAGAUGUAGUAUCACUUAGACUUGAAUUGGAAAAACUUCAAAAGCAUGUACAGAAGCAAGAUGAUACUAUACUAGAUUUGCAACAUACUGUGGAGCGACAGAAAAGGCAACAUGGCUAUCCAGAUGCUCCUUUAUCGCCACCAACAGAUGUUCGUCCUGCUAUGAAACGACAAGGCUAUCUAGAUGCUCCUUUAUCGCCACCAGCAGAUGUUCGUCCUGCUAUGAAACGACAAGUAUGUAUCUCUAUGAAAAUAUAUAAGUUUACUGAUUUUUUUUGCACAUAUAUCUGA